UUAUCACUCCAGCCUUUGUCGCGACUUUGCGGGAAGGUUGAUUCCACGCUAGAACGUGGGACAGCACUCGUUCACGUAAGCGCGAAGGUCCCCUCUGACUUGUGCGUACGGUAAAAGAUAGCGUACGUUACGGCGCGACGUCGCGUUACGCUACGGUGUUACAUUGCGUUACGUUACGGUGCAAAAUCGCGUUACGUUGCGAUGUCAGGUGCAUAACCUCCCUGCUUUUUCGCGGCGUGUUACGUUACGUUCACUAACAUCACCAUCACCCACAGUUUCAUCAUUUACACAAAAAAAAAAACCAACGCUUGUGUUGAGGAUUUCCUGUUCGUGAUUUUCCGGGGAGGAAAACGGUUGGCUUUUACCCUCAAGAGAGCGAGUGAUAGCGGUGUAUUGUAUACCUAUACGGGAGGAUAACGUCGGUGAUAACGAGUGUGAUAACGAGCGGAAAAUUUACGGACGGUGACACUAGUGCUUUGAUACGGCAUAACGCAAAUGAGGGUAGAAAAUUAAGAGCGGGGUUGAGGAUAAAUAACCCGGAAAAUCCAACCCCUUGUUUCAAGUUUGUCUGUUGCUCGAGCCCUAAAUGCAGUCAACCUUUCGGUGUGAUGAUUUCUCAGUGAUAAUAUCGACAUACAGAGUGAUGUUAGAUACCGGUGUUUUCGUGGACAAAUAAACAAGAAUAUUAUACAGUGAUUCGAGCUGACCCUAUAAUUUAAAAAAAAACGACCUAUGAUAUCAACGUCGAUUUCGUUUGCUGCUGGUGUUAGUGCGCGAAAGAGGAGCGUAGGAUGAACAAAAAAACUUGGAAAAAAGUUCAUGGACUUAGGUUUAUUGACGGAGCAUACAGGACAAUAUUUUAGCGAAAAUUACUUUAAAAAUUUCGAGCUUUCAAAUGCAAAAUAAGUGAUUCAUAGGAAUUUUCAAAUUAGCAAUGUAACAUUUUUUAUCCUAAUUAUCUCAUAUAUAUAAUAAAAAUAUCCAGGAAAUUAUCUGGAAGCACUGCAAAUAAUAAUCAAGUGAAAGCGAUCAAAGUUCCUUUUAAAAUUAAAUAACUUCGAAACCGAAAAUAUACCUGUUUUCAAACUUGUUGUUGUGCUAGUAAAUGUUCGUAGAAGGUUAAUCAGUUAGAUCAUUUUGGACAACCAAUUUCGUUGGAAUGAGAUUUACAAAGAAAGAUAAGGCGCUGUAAAAUGACGAAGAAGGAGAUGAUUUUUGCAUGGACGGAUCGAUGCUGCAAAGGAGAGGAGAAUGGUUGCUGCCACCAGACCAAGACCACAGGUAUCAACGAGACAGAGAGUGGAGAAGGAGGUGGGUGCGUUGGUGGAGGAGGAGGAUCGCCCCAGAUGGGGGCACCAAACGCCCCGUCGAGUCGGGAAUGGAACAACCAGCUCGACUUCCUUUUCUCUUGCAUCAGCGUCUCCGUCGGGCUCGGCAAUGUGUGGCGCUUCCCUUAUCUCUGCUACAAAAACGGAGGCGGUAUAUUUCUGGUUACAUAUUUCAUUGCAAUGGUGUUUUGUGGCAUUCCAAUGUUCUUCCAAGAAGUUGCCAUAGGACAGUACCUCAGAUCUGGUGGGAUGACUCUCGUGGAAAAGAUUUGUCCGAUCCUUGGAGGAACUGGCUAUUCGACAAUGAUGAUAGUUUUCCUCCUUGAUAUUUACUAUUGUAUAAUAGUUGCCUGGACUCUUUUUUACCUUUUCACCUGCUUUGUUCCUGAGGAUAGUCUACCUUGGGGAACGUGUGGUCAUUGGUGGAACUCUGAGACUUGCUCCACCGCCGAAGUGAUAAAAUACUUAAACAUUCCAACCCAAUCCUCCGUUGAUGUAGGAGGACCUUUUAGUAUCAAUGUGACUAUCAAUUCCUCUAGUCUUGACGAACCGGCAAAUACUUCGUUACCCGAGGCUCUGAUACAACUGAAAAAUGUGACAACGCCAGUUGAAGAAUUUUGGGAAAACCGUGUUUUGAUGAUAUCAAACGGCGUAGAUGACUGGAGUGGUAUGCAAUGGGAGCUACUGUACCUUCUGAUCAUAGCAUGGGCCAUCAUCUAUAAUAUCCUCCACCGCGGCCUCAGUGAAAGUGGUAAAGUCAUCUGGUUCACGGCUUUGUUUCCAUAUGUGAUAAUGUUGGCGUUAUUCGUGCGGGCUGUAACGUUGCCGGGUGCCACGGAGGGCCUAAAAUUCCUGGUCAUCCCGGACUGGAGUAAACUCACCGACGCAGGAACGUGGAUCGAUGGGAUCACGCAGAUAUUCUUUGGCUACAGUAUCGGAGUUGGUACCCUUCCCGCGCUUGGCUCAUACAACCGCUUCAAUCACAACUGCUACAGGGACGCGACGAUAACCUGCAUCAUAAACACGCUCACCUGUCUCGUGUCGAGCGCGAUAACUUUUGGUAUUUUGGGUCACCUGGCCGAUCAAAAGGGUGUCUCCGUUGCCGAGGUUGUCAACUCUGGUCCCGGACUUGUCUUCAUCACCUACCCUGAAGUGGUCCUGAAGCUUCCAGCAGCCAGGCUCUGGUCCAUUGUAUUUUUUGUCAUGCUUUUGAUUUUAGGUUUAGACAGUGAGUUUUGCAACGUAGAAUCCUUCAUUACUGGCGUUGCAGACAAAUGGCCUCACUUAUUUCAAAACCGGAGGAGAGCGUUCACUUUUUGGACCUGCGUCACCUUAUGUUUCUUAGGCAUUCCCAUGGUCGCUAGGAACGGAAUGUACCUAUUCCAGCUGAUGGACUUCUACGCUGCUUCGGGGAUAUCCCUGCUAUGGGUGUGCUUCUUUCAGACGAUCGCCAUCUCGUGGAUCUUCGGGACGGACAAGUUCUGCUCCUGCGUCGAAGAAAUGAUGGGAUUCCGGCCAAGUAUUUGCAUGCGGAUCUGUUGGACCGUCUUGGCACCGGCUGUCAUGGUGGGAAUUUUGAUUUUCUAUUUGCUGACAUACACCCCACUAAAGUACGGCGAUUAUUAUGAAUAUCCAGCGUGGGGAGAGUGGUUUGGUCUGUCGCUCUGCUUCAUAUCCAUGGUAUGGAUUCCCCUCUAUGCGCUGUAUUUCCUUGCCAAAACGCCCGGAACUCUAUCUCAGCGCCUGAAAGCAGGAAUGACACCGCAAAGUGACCUGACCCCUCAUCGAGCAAAAGUUGAUAAAAUUCAGAUAGGCAACACCUUUGCCAUGUCCGAGAGCUCUGUCGAGCUUUUAGAGAGCGGUCACCUAUGAUCGUUGGCCUAGGAAGAAAUAGGACUGUCGUGAGAUUCAGGGAUUGCCUUGAAAAAAGUGUCUCAACAGUACAUUUUUGCGAGAGACGCUUUCCCGAGCCUGAAAAGCUCAAAACUAUUUCUUUUGUCACUGGGAAACGAGGCUUAAAGUUGAGGUCGUGAAAAAGACGUUCCUCACUGACCUGAAGCUUAUAACGUGAUAUGAGGCGACGACUUAUCGUUUCAAACACAUUAGCUCCAAUAUUGACGUGCCCGCCGUGCGAUUUAAAUGAAGAAAAAAUGUUUCCAUUUCGAGCAAACGACGAGAAAAAUCAAUUUAAAAAAUGAUAAUAUUGCGAGUCCGGUUGAGAAACAUUACCUUUCGUCACAAUCUUGACCCAGAGGUAAAAUGAAGGAACGUGGGUGAAAGGAUUCCCAGAGGUUAAUGCUCCUUGUAACGUUAUGAAAUAUGCUGGCUUUAUUUUCUCCCGUUUGAAACGUAGUUGGAUUUUUGGUGACUUCCAAAGUCUUUUGCUUACCUGCGAUUUCAUUGAAUAAAACGUAGACAAGCGCAUUCUCAUUUGUGCGUGCUCUCCGGAAAUGAACUUGAAAAAAAGUGUGCAAAAGGCCCCGAUACUAAGCACGCAUCAGAUUUAAUUACAGGUAGAAACAUCUUACUAUAUCUCAAGUGUAAAAUAGCCUUUGUUCUGAGUACAACACGAGAUGAAUAAUUACGAAGAGGAAAAAACCUAAACUUAGGCGCAAUUGAGGGAGUCGCUCGGUAAACCGCGGCUUGUGACCCCUGCCUCCCUCUUUCUAAGACUUGAAAAAAAAGGAAAUCAAAAUUUAAGUAAAAAUGGCUCCGAUCUGUGCGAUAAGUGGGUCAAUGUUUCAAACAUUUAGAAUUAGAGUCGCGUAGGUCGAACAUGAUUACCAAUUACAGUCUUGUCCAUAUCGUCGCUCCUCUGAGGUGCAUACAUCAAUUUCUACGUGAGCCCCGUGCAACGUACAACUCAUUGUUUUCCGGGGCUAAUGUUAAAAUAGAAAUUCGCCCUUACGUCAAAGGAGCAACAAUCUGUGAUCAGAAAAAAACUCUAGCUUACAAAAUCGGAACUUCUAGUCAUAUCGGCCAUACAAGAACACGGCAAAACAUAACAAAUUCAUAGCCCGAUCUGCUGGUAAUUCCCAUGGAGAACCAAAUCAUUGACACUAUUCUUUUUAUUUAAUCAGUAGAGGCUCAAAAAAACUAGAUCUCAAACCAACAUUAGGCCUUAACAGAAUCUGAACAGGCUUUAUAACACAUUAAUUUUGAUAGCCUGAGAUUAUUGCACAGGGUGCCUCUACUUUUUUUGAAAAUUUGCAAAGUGCUUCGUGAAUUCAUAAUUAAUUUCACCAUUUAUACUUAAGAUUAUCUGAAAGGGUUAACUUUCAAUUCAUCUCUUGAACCCGUGCAAUUUUACUUCUCUGUGAUCCGCAGAAUUUUCUCAGGAUAGUUAGGUUAAUAGUUAUUAAUUGUGUUUUAAAGAUUAAUAAAGUAAAUUGUUUGUCCCAA